AUGGGAAAUCCAGGUGCCAUCGCUGGUUUCAUAGUAGGAUUCACCUUACUCAUUUUAACAGUGGCGGGUGCUACUUACACUCUCAUUUACAAACGUCGUCGUACGGUCUGCACUUCCCGUAAUUUGUCAUCUCAGGACAUUCCCCGGAAGCUGAAUUUGGGCAAAGACCUGCUUUUGGAUGAACCACAUUCCUUCACGCGUUCCCAGUCCGUAUCUUCGGUCAUUGGAGAGACCUCUUCGCGCCACCUUGCCAGCCCUGAAAAACCACUUAAUGACAGGAACUCUCAUUCACAGGCCGUCAGUGCUGUUUCGGGGUUGGGAAAAAUCCAGUUCGCAGUGGCCUACGACAGCGUAAUGCAGGAAUUACAAAUAUCUGUGUUACGUUGUGUUGAACUCCCACAACUUGAUUCAAGCUUGGGUACCGUGGACUCAUAUGUGAAAAUGGAGUUACUUCCAGAGAAAAUUCACAGAGUUAAAACGAGGGUCGUCAGAAGUAACAGGAACCCGUUUUUUGGAGAGGCAUUCACAAUGAACCGGGUGUCGCUGGACCAACUGUCAGCCGCUUCGUUGCAUUUCAUUGUGGUUGGUUUCGAUCGCCACUCACGGGACAGCGUCAUUGGUGAAGUUGUCUGUCCUCUUAACGACCUGAAACUAAGUCUUUGCAAGGAGGUGACGCUGACAAAGGAGAUUAUGCGGCGCAAGUUUAAUCAGCCUGCUGGCGGAAACCGGGGUUCAUUGUUAAUAAGUCUCUGUUAUCUUCCUGCGGCCUGUCGUCUUACCGCGGUUGUUCUCAAAGCAGAGGGUCUUCCUACAGUUGAUCUUGCCGAUUCACCGGGAAAUCCUUACGUAAAAUUGUACUUUGUGGAAAAUGACAGACGAAUAGCAAAAAAGAAAACACACGUCAAGAAAAGAACUUCGAACCCAGUUUUCAAUGAAGCCUUUGCUCUGGAGAUACCCCUUCACGUGAAACUGGAGAACAUCAAACUGGACUUCCGCAUGGUUAAUUGGGAAAGAGACUCGCCGAGUAAAGUUGUUGGUCAUGUCAUAAUUGGUUAUGGCGGCAAUAAGCAAGCGAGGGAACAUUGGAAGACGGCCAUCGAGAACCCGCGGAAGCAGGUGGCCGAGUGGCACAAUAUCCUGGCCUAA